AAAUAGUAUUUAAACGUUACUCUAUUCUUCUCGCCGUGUGUAGACGAAAAUAUUUUGCAAUUUUGUUUCGCCGAAAACCUCAUUUUUACACUUUGUUUGUUUAUUUGUGUUAUUAUUUCUGCUUAAUAGAAGAUGCCGUCAGAUACGGAAGAGGAGUUUUCAGAUCUCAAGCCUCCGCCGAUUUUUGAGGAUCUGAAUGAACGUGUUAAAGAAUAUUUACUGAAACCGGAGAGACUGUCAAUCCAUCAAUGGGAGAAGUCGCAGACUCACUGGCAUAGAGCAACAGAUUUAGAUUCAUUGUUUAAAAUAGACGAUGAAGAGAUAGAUCCUUACACCACGUUAGAGGUAGUCCGAGACCCUAUAACAGGUGAAAUAACAGGCAUUGAAGAAGUAAGCCUACCAAUCGAAGAUGAUGAAGACCUUCAGUCCAUGUCCCGGGCACCUCUGCCCCCGAGCUUGUCAACCCGCGGCGCGACCACACAAAGCCCGUUCCUGCCCGCUGGCUUUGAGGAAGAACUGGAGAAGAUGUUGGAGGCGGCGCAGUGUGGGGAUGUUAAUAUAGAUAUUGAGAAUGAGGAAGUGGGGAAGUUUUUGGGGGAAGAAAUCUUAACAAUACCGCCUGGGUGCAAGGAAGGAGUGAUAUUUGCAGAGGAUGGAUUCACCAUGCUCAAUGGACCACAACAUGUGAAGACAGAUGGUGAAAGGGUGGAUAAGGAUGAUAUUGAUAUUAAGGCUAAUAUUGAUUUGGAAGAAGUUAUUGAUAGCAAUACACAUUUAGUAGGCCUCUGGAAAGAUGAAGAUGCCCCAACCAAAACAAAACAGAAUCAACAACAACCAGAAACCGAUUCAACAGACAAUGACAACUUCCUUGAAAGCACUAUCAUACAACCACCAGUAGAACUACCAGAGAUACCAAUAUUGAACAUCACUAGCUCUUCAGUGAGAACUGGGGUGACCAGCACAGAAUGGGCAGAAAUGAUAGAUGUAUCUUUACCGGUACCAGAUUUUAGGGAGAAAAUAAAAGAUAUGGCGCACUCUUAUCCGUUUGAGUUGGAUAACUUCCAGAAACAGGCUAUUUUAAAGUUAGAAGAGGGUCAUCACGUGUUUGUUGCCGCACAUACGUCGGCCGGCAAAACUGUAGUCGCCGAAUACGCGAUAGCCAUGUCUAGGAGAAAUUGUACUAGGGCAAUAUACACCUCACCAAUCAAAGCGCUCUCCAACCAGAAGUAUAACGAUUUCAACAAGAUGUUCGGUGAAGUGGGCCUCCUAACCGGAGACCUUCAAAUAAACGCCACGGCGCCCUGUCUAGUCAUGACGACUGAAAUCUUGAGGUCCAUGCUGUAUUGCGGGUCGGAUGUUACCAGGGACUUGGAGUUUGUGAUAUUCGAUGAAGUGCACUAUAUUAAUAAUGCUGAGCGAGGCCACGUAUGGGAGGAGGUGUUAAUUUUGCUCCCAGCCCACGUGAGCAUAGUGAUGUUGAGUGCGACCGUACCGAAUACUCUGCAGUUUGCCGACUGGGUCGGCCGGACGAAAAAACGGCGGGUCUACGUGGUUUCAACACCGAAACGGCCAGUGCCACUCUGCCAUUACCUCUACACAGGUUCUGGUGGCAAAUCUAAGAAUGAAAGGUUCAUGGUGUUAGAUCAGGAAGGUAACUUCAGACUUCGAGGAUACAAUGACGCCGUCGCCGCUAAAAAGGCCAGAGAGAAUGAUUUCAAGAAAAACUUUGGACCUAAAGGUGGCAAACAGUUCUUGAAUCCUAAAGCGGAGCAGACCAUGUGGGUGGCGUUCAUCGACCAUUUGAGACAGAACGAUAAGUUGCCGGUGGUCGCCUUUACUUUAUCUAGGAACAGAUGCGAUCAAAACGCAGAGAAUCUCAUGUCAGUUGACUUGACUACGGCACACGAGAAGGGACACAUACGGAACUUCUUCCAGAGGUGCCUUCAGCGACUUAAAGAGCCUGACAGAAGGUUGCCUCAAGUUCUACGGUUACAAAGGGUGCUUGAAAACGGUAUUGGAGUACAUCACAGUGGCAUUCUGCCCCUUCUCAAGGAAAUCGUUGAAAUGUUGUUCCAGUCAGGACACGUGAAAAUCCUAUUCGCAACGGAGACAUUUGCCAUGGGAGUGAACAUGCCCGCACGAACAGUGGUGUUCGACGAAACAACCAAAUUCGAUGGUCUCGAGCGAAGAAUUCUGGCCCCCGCUGAAUACAUUCAGAUGGCGGGACGAGCUGGCAGGAGAGGGCUCGACGACACCGGAACAGUCAUCAUUCUGUGUAAAGACGGUGUCCCUGACCAGGUGAAGCUCAAAGGCAUGAUGAUGGGCAUUCCUCAGAAGCUGUCCUCUCAGUUCAGGCUGACUUACGCUAUGAUACUGAGCUUGCUGAGAGUAGCAACAGUCUCAGUCGAAGGCAUGAUGCAGCGUUCCUUCCGCGAGUUCGACCAAAUACUCCAAUCGGACAACUACAAGAAACAACUGCAGAUCGCCGAAAAGGAAUACUCAGAAAAAUGUAGUACACCGCUCCCCCCACACUUGGCACCUCUAGCUAGCUUCUAUGAUACCGCAGCGACGUAUAUCGAUGUGUUGAAUGAUAUCAUGCCGAUUUUGUUGAACCAGCCUAAGGUGUUGAAGGAAUUUGUGCCGGGGAAGAUUCUGAUAUUCUCGGCGGGACCUUAUAACCAACUUGGGAUUUAUUUGAAUUCUACAGGCCCACGUUUAGCCCCGUACAAGAUUCUAGCACUGAACACAGCCGUUCAAGACACUGCUAGGUACAACUUUCGAUAUUUGAUGAAAAGUUUAACGCUUUCAGGCACCGAGGAAAGUACGAUGGAUCACACAAUUCUCUGCAUAGCACCCAAGAACGUUAUGGCCGUCACCAAAAUGACCCUAAAGAUUGAUGCCUCCAUCAUUAUACAAGAUUGGGAGAAACGUCAAAUGCCAAGGUUUAAAGACGCGCCCGUAGGCUCAAGCUGCGCUACAGCCAUACAGGAGCUAUCUCGGAUCUCACACGCAGUCAAAACUGGGGCUACGAAACUGGAGCAAAUCAACCUUACGCAGUCGCUGGCCGUGUCUACGGGAGAGAUAUUGGACCUGCUGGAUAAUAUGGCUAGGUUACAGAAAGAGCUAGAAGACCUAGAAAAAUCCACAGACAUAGCCAACUUCAAGACCGAAUUUGCGAUAGUCUACGAACGCAAGCAAACGGAACGCAAACGCGACAAGUACAGGCGGCUGCUUUCGUUCGAAAACCUCGCUCUGUACCCGGACUACCAAAGAAGACUUAUGGUGCUGAGAGAACUGAACUAUAUUGAUGAACAUGACAGCGUAAUAUUAAAAGGCCGCGUCGCAUGCGGCAUGGGCACCAACGAGCUAAUCAUAGCCGAGCUAGUAUUCCGCAACGUUUUCACGGAUAAAACGCCGGCAGAAAUCGCGGCGUUACUCAGUUGUUUCGUGUUCCAAGCGCGAACUGCCGUCGAGCCAGUUCUGACGGACAGACUGGCUGAAGCUGUCAAGGUUAUUGAUCAGAUUGACCAGGAGUUGUCUUCCGUUGAGUCGAAGUACUUGGUGGGUCAAUUCGAAGGGCAGCAGGAGAGGUUAAACUUCGGCCUAGUCAAGGUGGUGUACGAGUGGGCACUAGAAAAGCCUUUCGCCGAGAUCAUGGACCUCACGGAUGUCCAGGAAGGCAUCAUUGUUAGGUGUAUCCAGCAGUUGCAUGAGCUCCUAAUAGACGUGAAAGACGCCGCCGUGGUCAUCGGAGACCCGAAGCUGCAAGCCAAGAUGGUAGAAGCUUCAUCGGCCAUCAAACGAGACAUCGUGUUUGCGGCCAGUCUAUACACCACUCAGAAAGAAACUGUCUAGAUGUUAACAAAUUAUACCAAUUUAUUAUAUUUUUUAUGAGAAUAAUAAAAAUCUUAAAAAUA